AUGCAAAAGGUUGAGGCGCGCAGAUGGAAUUAUACUAAGGAAUCGUUCCUGGAAUACUCAAUGGAUAAACUAGCAUUAAUCCAUAAUCUAAAUUUGUCUCAGGACAGCACCAUCCACCUAUUAAUUAGUGGGAUCGGUAGCAGAUCCUUAAGAGAAAUAGCAGCCUCAUUAAAAGUCGAUUCGGUCGAUCUUUUCCUGGAGUCGAUGUAUCGAAUUACUUCGGUUUCUGGGGAGACUGAUAGCAAAUUGUUACAGACUAACAAGAAUUCCAAAUCAAAGGAGCUAGCCGGCAAUUGUGGAUCCUGCGGAAAAUCAGGGCACCUGCAAAAGAAUUGCAAAAACAGCAGCUUCUUCUGCGCCUACUGCAAAACACCGGGUCACCUUCGUGCGGACUGUUUCAAACUAAAGAGGGAGGAACAAGCGGCCACGUCAGCACAAACAGCACCGGUAGCAGCAGUAUCAGCAACAGGAGUCAUCCCGAAGGACGAGGAGACAGUUGCUGUUGUUCAGUUCGACAACGGCAGGAAUCUCACAAUACCCGACGCGCUUGCUAAGAUAACAAGGUUAAAUAUGAAAGACUGUUUAUUAUUCGCGCUUGUCGACACAGACAGUCCGAUUUCUUUUAUAAAAUCAAAUGUACACAAGAAAUUUUUGGAUUAUUCGGUCGAAUUUCAAAGCCCUUCAGGUUUCUCAAAAGGUUCUUAA